CCGCAGGCGGGGAGCCCGCGCCGCCGCGCCGGGCCGCCGGCGAUGAUCACCUAGGAGGCUGGCGCGGGCGGGCGCGAGCGGCGGAGGAGCCGGGCGCGGCGAUACGCGGCCAUGGAGUGGGAGCCGGCGGCGGCUGACGAGCCCGGGACCCCGGGACGACGGCGGCGGCGGCGGCGGCGGCGGCGGCGGCGGGAGGGCAGGACGCGCACGGUGCGCUCCAAUCUGCUGCCGCCCUCGGGCGCCGAAGACCCUUUGGCGAACGCGGCCAAGGGCGCGCGGCGGCGGCGGCGGCGGUGCGGGGGCCCCCAGCACCUGGCCGACAACCGGCUCAAGACCACCAAGUACACUUUGCUGUCCUUCCUGCCCAAAAACCUGUUCGAGCAGUUCCAUCGCCUGGCCAACGUGUACUUCGUCUUCAUCGCUCUGCUCAACUUCGUGCCGGCGGUGAACGCCUUUCAGCCCGGCCUGGCACUGGCGCCCGUGCUCUUCAUCCUGGCGGUUACGGCCUUCAAGGACCUGUGGGAGGACUACAGCCGUCACCGCUCCGACCAAGAGAUCAACCACCUGGGCUGCCUAGUCUUCAGCAGGGAAGAAAAGCAGUACGUGAACCGAUUCUGGAAAGAAAUCCACGUGGGAGACUUUGUGCGUCUUCGCUGCAACGAGAUCAUCCCUGCAGACAUCCUGCUGCUCUAUUCGAGUGACCCAGACGGGCUGUGCCACAUCGAGACGGCCAACCUGGAUGGAGAGACCAACCUGAAACGGCGCCAGGUGGUCCGAGGCUUCUCUGAGCUCGACUCCGAAUUCAACCCUUUGACGUUCACCAGCGUAAUCGAGUGUGAGAAGCCCAACAACGACCUGACUAGGUUUCGUGGGUGCAUCAUACACAACAACGGGAAAAAGGCUGGGCUCUACAAAGAAAACCUGCUGCUUCGAGGCUGCACCAUCCGAAACACAGAAGCCGUCGUGGGCAUCGUCAUCUACGCAGGACAUGAGACCAAGGCUCUGCUGAACAACAGCGGGCCCCGCUACAAGCGCAGCCGGCUGGAGAGGCAGAUGAACUGCGACGUGCUCUGGUGUGUCCUCCUCCUCGUUUGUAUGUCUCUGUUUUCGGCCGUCGGACAUGGACUAUGGGUGCAUCGCUAUCAAGAGAAGAAAUCAUUAUUUGAUGUCCCUGAGUCUGAUGGCACCUCUUUAUCCCCAGUCACAGCUGCAGUUUAUUCGUUUUUGACAAUGAUAAUAGUUCUGCAGGUUUUGAUCCCAAUUUCCUUGUACGUUUCCAUUGAAAUUGUUAAAGUAUGCCAAGUGUACUUCAUUAACCAGGAUAUAGAGUUGUAUGAUGAGGAGACAGACUCACAGCUGCAGUGCCGAGCCCUGAACAUCACGGAAGACCUAGGGCAGAUACAGUAUAUCUUCUCCGAUAAAACUGGCACUUUAACUGAGAAUAAGAUGGUUUUCCGAAGAUGCACUGUGUCUGGCAUAGAAUAUUCUCAUGAUGCAAAUGCCCAGCGUCUGGCCAGGUACCAGGAGGCAGACUCUGAGGAGGAGGAGGUGGUGCCCAGAGGGGGCUCGCUGCCCCAGCGCAGCAGCACCGGGAGCCACCAAAGCAUCCGAGUCAUGCAUCGGAGCCAGAGCACCAGGUCACACCGGCGCACCAGCAGCCGUGCCGAGGCCAAGAGGGCCAGCAUGCUGUCCAAGCACACAGCCUUCAGCAGUCCCAUGGAGAAGGACAUAACGCCCGACCCGAAGCUGCUCGAGAAGGUGAGUGAGUGUGACAUGUGCCUGGCCUUUGCAAGGCACCAGGAGCACCCACUGGCCCACCUCUCGCCUGAGCUGUCUGACAUUUUCGACUUCUUCAUUGCACUCACCAUCUGCAACACAGUGGUGGUCACAUCCCCGGAUCAGCCACGACAAAAGGUGAGGGUGCGCUUCGAGCUGAAGUCCCCGGUGAAGACGAUAGAAGAUUUCCUCCGGAGGUUCACGCCCAGCCGCCUGGCCUCGGGCUGCAGCAGCAUUGGGAGCAUGGCCACCAACAAGUCGGCGCACAAGUCCAGCCUCUUGUCCACGCUGGCCAACGACGGCACGCUGUUCCGGCUGGAGGAGAGGCUGGGCCCGCCGGCCCCAGGCCUUGCCAGCAAUGGCUACAGCAGCAGGGCAGACGGCUGGGCACCUGAGUGCUCAGCGCAGGAGCCUGAGCCCGAGCGGGAGCUACGCUACGAGGCUGAGAGCCCUGACGAGGCAGCUCUCGUCUACGCCGCCCGCGCCUACAGCUGCGCGCUCGUGGACCGACUGCACGACCAGGUGUCGGUAGAGCUGCCCCACCUGGGCAGGCUCACCUUCGAGCUCCUGCACACGCUGGGCUUCGACUCCAUCCGCAAGAGGAUGUCAGUGGUGAUCCGGCACCCACUCACGGACGAGAUCAACGUCUACACCAAGGGGGCCGACUCGGUGGUCAUGGACCUCCUGCUGCCCUGCUCCACAGAUGACGCCAGAGGAAGGCAUCAAAAGAAGAUCUGGAGCAAGACUCAGAACUACCUCAACCUGUACGCGGUGGAGGGCCUGCGCACCUUGUGCAUUGCCAAGAGGGUUCUGAGUAAGGAAGAGUAUGCCUGUUGGCUGCAGAGCCACUUGGAAGCGGAAUCCGCCCUGGACAACCGCGAGGAGCUCCUGUUUCAGUCUGCCAUUCGCCUGGAGAGGAAUCUGCAUCUGUUAGGUGCCACUGGGAUUGAAGAUCGCCUGCAGGAUGGAGUCCCUGAAACCAUUGCUAAAUUGCGUCAAGCAGGCCUGCAGAUUUGGGUUCUCACCGGUGACAAACAGGAAACAGCCAUUAACAUCGCUUACGCCUGCAAACUGCUGGACCACGACGAGGAAGUCAUCACCCUGAACGCCGAAUCCCAGGAGGCGUGCGCAGCCCUGCUGGACCAGUGCCUACACUAUGUGCAGUCCAGGAGCCCCCACAGUGCCGCCGACAAGACCGCUGGCGGCAUGAGCGUGGGCUUCUCCCCCCUCUGCCCACCCUCUGCAGCUGCCUUGUCUGGCCCUAGCCCCAGCCUUGUGAUCGAUGGGAGAAGUCUGGCCUAUGCCCUCGAGAAAAACCUGGAGGACAAAUUCCUCUUCCUUGCUAAGCAGUGCCGGUCUGUCCUUUGCUGUCGCUCGACUCCCCUGCAGAAGAGCAUGGUGGUGAAGCUGGUCAGGAGCAAGCUCAAGGCCAUGACUCUGGCCAUAGGAGAUGGAGCCAAUGACGUCAGCAUGAUCCAGGUGGCAGAUGUGGGCGUGGGACUCUCAGGCCAGGAGGGCAUGCAGGCAGUGAUGGCCAGCGACUUUGCGGUGCCCAAAUUCCGAUACCUCGAGAGGCUCUUGAUCGUUCAUGGACACUGGUGCUAUUCCCGACUUGCCAACAUGGUGCUGUACUUCUUCUACAAAAACACAAUGUUCGUGGGCCUCCUGUUUUGGUUCCAGUUUUACUGUGGCUUCUCUGCGUCCGCCAUGAUUGACCAGUGGUAUCUGAUCUUCUUUAAUCUGCUCUUCUCAUCGCUUCCCCAGCUUGUGACUGGGGUGCUGGACAAGGACGUGCCGGCUGACGUGCUGCUGACCAAGCCGCAGCUCUACAAGAGCGGCCAGAACAUGGAGGAAUAUCGGCCUCGUACGUUCUGGUUGAACAUGGCUGAUGCUGCCUUCCAGAGCCUCGUGUGUUUUUUCAUUCCCUACCUGGCCUACCACGACUCAGACACAGACAUGUUCACCUGGGGGACCCCCAUCACCGCCAUCGCGCUGUUCACCUUCCUCCUGCACCUGGGUAUAGAAACCAAGACCUGGACCUGGCUCAACUGGAUGGCUUGUGGCUUCAGUAUACUUUUAUUUUUCACCGUGGCUUUGAUUUAUAAUGCUUCCUGUGCAAUGUGCUACCCUCCAUCCAACCCCUAUUGGACCAUGCAGACAUUAAUGGGCGACCCUGUGUUUUACUUCAUUUGUCUCAUAGCACCCGUCGCCGCGCUGCUGCCCAGAUUGUUUUUCAAAGCCCUGCAGAGGAGCCUUUUCCCCACCCAACUGCAGCUGGGACGCCAGUUGGUUAGAAGGUCCCCCAGGAAACUCAGGGCUCCCAAAGAGACCUUUGCUCAGGGACACCUCCCAGGAGAACCGAAGCCGGAACCGUCAGAACAGAGGAGCAUCAGUGCCUCGGGGUCCUUCUCCCAGGACUGUAGCUCGCAGGUGUUUUGGCACGCACAGCAGUCGGCCUGCUCCCCAGAGGCCAGUGGGGAGCCCAGCGUGGUGGACGUGGGCGUGUCUCUGAGGGAGGACACCCUGCUGGACAGGCUGGGCAGCCAGACCCUGGGGUCCUCCUCACCAGGGGAGGUGAUCCCGGAAGGCUGUCCAGGGGACUCCAAGAUGAAACCCACAAGUGCCAGCAGGGCAGCUGCCCUGUCGUCCAUCUUCAGCCUGCGCAGCCUCAGCUCACUCAACUGGAUUUCCUCCCUCUCUCUGGUCAGCGGGCUGGGAAGUGUCCUGCAGUUCUCUCGAAGUGGUUUACAGAUGGACAGGCGGGACGGCGAGUUCCUACCCAGCCCCCCACAGCCAGACCAGGACCUGCAAGGCUUGAGUGGGCAGACCACGGACUACUUCUAG